AUGAACGACACGUCAUUGCUCCAAUGGCUCGGUUUCUUUCGUGUCAAAGUAUCGCCGGCUCGCCGCAUGCCAGACUUCAAAAUGGUCUGCAAGUGUCGAGCAGUUCAAACCACUUGGAGCUUGCAGUCCAGUCGACAUCCGGAACGUCUCUACAAUUGCGACAAACUGAAGCUUGACAAGGACGAGACGUCGUCAAGCCGCAGCGUAUCUGCUCGCGAACUCAUCAAAUGGGCCAACGAGCGUGCAUCGGCUCAGUAUGCGAUGGACCCAGCGUCUCUUUUUCCCUCUUGUCCCCAUCUGCACAAAGUCGAUCGGAACACAAGACCAGGCCAUCUACCAACAAAAGCCCCUCAAGGUACAACAAACGCGCGAUACACGUCUCACUGUUGCUGA